UAAAUGAAUUUUUCUUUCACCCCAGAAAGACAGGACGGACGCCAAUGUGAGAAUGGCUGUGACUUUGGAAGAAGCUCCGUGGCUGGGCUGGAUCUUGGUGAAAGCCCUGUUGAGGUUUGCCUUCAUGGUCGCCAACAACCUGGUUGCUAUUUUGUCCUACGUGUGCUAUGUGAUUGUACUUCAGCCCCUUCGACUGCUGGACAGUAAGCGGUUCUGGUAUAUUGAAGGAAUCAUGUAUAAAUGGCUUUUAGGAAUGGUGGCUUCAUGGGGAUGGUAUGCUGGAUAUACAGUGAUGGAAUGGGGGGAAGAUAUUAAAGCAGUUUCCAAAGACGAAGCAGUAAUGUUGGUGAAUCAUCAGGCCACAGGAGACGUAUGCACUCUGAUGAUGUGCCUCCAAGACAAAGGACUGGUUGUUGCUCAAAUGAUGUGGUUGAUGGACCAUAUUUUUAAGUACACAAACUUUGGAAUUGUUUCUCUAAUUCAUGGAGACUUCUUUAUAAGACAGGGAAAAUCACAUCGUGACCAGCAGCUUCUUCUUCUCAAAAAGCACCUAGAAAAUAAUUACAGGAGCAGAGAUCGAAAAUGGAUUGUUUUGUUUCCAGAAGGGGGCUUCCUCAGGAAGAGGCGAGAAACAAGUCAAGCAUUUGCCAAGAAAAAUAACUUGCCGUUUCUUACACAUGUCACUCUGCCAAGGAUUGGGGCCACAAACAUUAUUUUGAGUGCACUUGUAGCACGACAGGAAAAUGGAAGGCCAGCAGGAGGAGACACUAAAGAAUUAGAGAGCAAAUCAAAAGGCCUCCAGUGGAUAAUAGAUACAACUAUAGCUUAUCCCAAAGCUGAACCCAUAGAUAUUCAAACCUGGAUCCUCGGAUAUAGGAAACCAACAGUCACACAUGUACACUACAGGAUCUUUCCAAUUAAAGACGUACCCCUGGAGACUGAUGGCCUCUCUAAUUGGCUCUAUCAACGUUUUAUUGAGAAAGAGGAACUCUUAUCACAUUUUUACGAAACAGGGGCUUUUCCACUUCCCAAGGGCCAUAAGGAAGCUGUUUCCAGGGAGAUGACCCUCAGCAAUGUGUGGAUAUUUCUCAUACAGUCUUUUGCAUUUUUGUCAGGCUAUAUGUGGUAUAACAUCAUUCAGUAUUUUUACCAUUGCCUGUUUUAGGAAUUGACUGGGACUUGUCAAGGUCACCAUAGGAGUUCAGACUUUCAUAAGCGUGCAUUCUUUUACAUGUGCAAAUCAGAAUAUAAAAAAAAAAGCAAAGGAAAUUCUGUGGAUGGAUUAAUAUUUAUCCCCCUUUGGGAUAUUUUAAAACUCUACUAAAAUGAGGAUCAGUGAUAUAAUGACCUGCUAAUAUGUUUUAAGGACUUUUCAUGUUUUCAAAAGAUACACUGUACCACACACUUAAGCCAACAUCGCAUUCGGAGAAGAGGAAAUCAUAAAAUCAUCCUAGAAGACUUUCUGAGAGAAAUGCCGUUGCCACUAGAUGUACUUGGUGAUCUAGUUCAAGCUCAGAGAGUUGUAUCCGUUCCUCGUAGCUAGUAGCGUUUAUUAGGGCCGUGCUGUAGAGCCCCCUCAUCGCCACCGGCCCUGGCCGUGUCCCUGGGAGCCUCAAGGCGGGGAGCCAGUCGGCACCUCCCGAGGACCUGUUCCCCUGUGGUUUGCAGUGACACUCCAGUGUCAGGCCUGCUCAUGGGGGGACAGCAGUGUCCUCUGGACACAUCCUGGUACUAGAAUGUGUUUCUUAAAAAAGGCUAGCUCAGUCCAAUAUUGUGUUUACAUGCACUAGUGCUUUCCCUUAUAUGAAGGGAGUCACUUGAUUUCUCUUUUUGUAUAGAAGGCAUAUCAUAGAUUGAUAAUUGUCUUUUACAAAAUGCACUUUUAUCAGAUGCUUAUAUAGCAAAGGAUUAGUAAUGCAGCCUGAAAACAAGCGUAAGCCUAAUCGGUGAGCGGGAGUCUUGUGCUGUGUGCGCUGUGCACCUGGGCGCUGUCGCCCUGCGGGCCGCCCGCCCCUGAGCACCACGCUCCUGUGAGGCUUCCGUCCAACUCCGAGGUGUUGGUCUCCCAUCUUGGCUUAUUAGCACCAAAUGUGCUCAGGGCAGCUGAAACUAAUAUAAGACAUUUAAAUGAUCAGUUUGAGGUGGACUAGGGGUCGGAUCAGAAAAAACAGGAGCUAUAGCCAGACACGGGCACAAAAUGGAGACAAACUCUCACACGGCACCCCCUGAACCCGUGCUCCAUUGUCACAUCAAGUUGCUGCCCCUGCCAGGGUGGUGUGACCAGGAUUCAGACCAGCACAAAAGGCUUCCCCUAUCUCUUCCCAUUGCUUUUAAGGAGAAUAAAGGCAAGUCUCUAUUUCUAGAGAACAUUUUUUUUCCCACUAUGUUCAUGUGAUUUACCUCAUAGUAGAACCAGACUCUUCCCACAAAGCGCUGGGACCGCAUCAGCUCCUUCCCUGCAUUCCCAGUGUUGAGACAGAGCAUGUGUUUGGGCUUGGAACUGUAGGACUAGUAAGAUCCUAGUAAGUCAGGAGUAGUUGUCCCUGAUGGGAGCAUCGUAGAUUCCCGUUGUCACUAAUCAUACAAAUGGCAAUUUUGAGAAGUAGGCCAGAAAAUAAAAAUAAAAGCUCAUGUUUUCUAUUUUUAAAUAAACCAAAAAAACAGAAACUGAAGAGAUGUGAAUUUUCUCCCAGUUAUGUGGGAAAGGUAAAGCAACACCAAAUAAAAGGCCACAGCAGCUUCGUCUUUAGGUUAAUUCCGUGCAUAUAUAUAUAUAUAUAUGAGAGAAUAAUGUGUUAAUGAAAUACCUCAUUGCAGAUUAUGCUACUACUGGUAAAAUGCAGAAGACGGUGUUAAUGUGUUGGCUCUGGUGGUGGUAGUUAUAAGAUGCGAUUUUUUUUUGAAAUCUAGACAUUUUAUUGUGUGUUUUACAGUGACAGUGAGUUGAGUAGGUGAAAUCAAUCUCGAUUAAGAGGCAUGGAUAAUGAUAGGAAGCCAAAGAGAAGCUUAACGACACUUCUGUUUGACACCCAGCAAACACUGCUGGAUUACAGGAUGAAUUGAAAUUGUUCAUUUGAGAGAUUAGUCAGCCAUCUGGGGGAUAAGUUGCUCACUGUUAGGUAAGGCAUGCACAGUCCUAGCUAAAUAGACCUUUUCCUCAUUGCUAAAGCAAGCCACAGGUAGGAGUGGGCAGUUCUCCUAUCAAAAAAAAAAAAAAAAGAGAGAGAGAGAUGCAUACAUGCAUACAUAGAUGUGAUUUAGAGCCACUAAUGCCAUCGCUGUGCUCCAAAGGAACGUGAUAUUGUUAAUAUACUGUACACAUUAAACCAACUGUUCUAUAAAAUGCUUUACUUUCCAAGUGCAGAGUCAUUUCAACAGUCUUUAGAGUGACAAAUACCAAUAGAUACGAGAGUUCAUUUUUGAAAAUAGACCUGUAGGUUGUAAAUAGAUGCGUAGUUGAUCUGUGUAUCCCUCUUUUGAUUGUUUAUCAACGUGUUCUCUCUCUUCUGUUUGCAAAAUACGUUCGUUUGAGAGCAUCGAGAGUGCUUUCCUUACCAGUAACUGGAGUCCUCCUGCUCGCGUUAGGGAAUGUGAAGAGAGAAUCGGUGUUCUUAUACGGCGAAUCAGGAAAGCCACAAUACACCACUGUACAGAACUGAAUAAAAAUGCCUGAUUUGUACUUUCUUUGCAAAGUGAGAUGAAAGGAGGUUUAGAGACUGUACAUUUUGUUAAGGGGAAAAAAUAAAACAGUGCCAGUAGCUUGUAGAAUCUCAGUACUUCUUGAUCUCAGCUGAUCUGUCCAGAUUCCCACGUCAGAGAGGGUUGAGAACUCCCUACUGGAUCCUGGUCUCAGCAAGUCACAGCAGUGGAGCGCCUGCUUGGCUGUGACCACAUUGGCAGUUCACUCUUAACUUCAGGAACUAUUAUUGGUGUUGAAAUAUACAGAUUUGAUGGAGAAAGCUAUGCACCAGUGGAAGGUAAAGAAAAAUCAUAGAAUGGAAAAUGAUGUCUUGGGGUGGGCAAACAAAUUAGUUGAGAAUCUAAGUAGAUUUUUUUAAAGAUAGCUCUGAAUUCAGAUCUGUCAUAAUAUUAAGUAGUUUCUAAUAUUACCAUCAACUGUUAAUUUCCCACUAUAAAGUAACUAGGGAUUACUGGAUAAUUAAUCCAAUAAUAUGUCAUAGUUAGCCGAAAAUCUAGUGUGUAUUUAUGAGUUUGAGUUUUUUCCUCAUCAAACUUAUUUUUUCUUGUGGGGAUGAUUUCUAAUGAAAAAAAAAUGAGUUCAGUUGUUUAUUAGUUUCUCUUGCUUACGUAUUUAUGACUAUGUCAAUGAGUACUGAGAAGAUUUGGGAAGACGGACAGCUUCAAAAAGAGGGAACACAAAAGCCUGAAUAAUCCCUGGACUAGAAAAGGAAUCCCUGAAUAAUCAAGAGUUGGCGGUAUUGCAAUUAUACUGAAGCCUUUUAUGAAAAUGAAAUGUUAAAUCACCCAAUGUAAACCUCACAUCAUCCUAGGGUUAAUAUCAUUUGGAUUGAUGUUAAGAACAGCUCUUCAUUCUUUGCUCGUGUCAUUCACUUCUUGUGGAUUUGUCUUUAGUAACGUUUUUGACAAUCACUUCCCUGAAGACUCUUCUGAACUAGCGGGACCUGGCUAUAAUCAUAGAAAGUAGUCUUUAAUCCUGGACAGUCUUAUUGGAUUAUUUAAGAAAAUUUUGUUUGCACUGCUAAAUAGGAAGAGUUCGCUAUUUUCUUCAAUACACAGGACUUCACUCCAGAGUUACCAUUACGAGCGGGUCCCCUUGGGUCCACAAAGAUGAAUAAAAAUGGCUAGUCUCAUUUUUUGCCAUGUAGUGCUAUGAACCUUAUGUCUGUUAAUGUGAAAGGGAAAGUCAAAAGCAGCACUGGGCAGCAGAGAUACUGGUUUACUUUCUGGGGGUGGAGACUAAUACAUUCGGGACCAAAACCACCUAAAUUGGACAUUUCCAGAUCACAGAGGGGCUGGGUGUUCUCUGGAGCAGUCACUGGUUGGUGCUUUAUUGCAGUCAUUUUGCAUUGAUCCUCAACAAUUAGGAACUGGACCCUGGGAAUAAGCUGAGGGUGCUGAGCUGUUGAGGAGGGUGACUGAAGCCAUAUGGAAGGAAAAUAUGAGUUUUUCUGCAAAUUUUUCAUUUGAGAAUUUUUACAUUUAAUAUUUUUUAGAACAGUUGAAAGAGUGAAAAUAUUUUAAGUGUAUUCUAGCUGCAAAGUAUGCACACAUAUUUCAAAUGGCUUUAUUUUUAUUGUGUAGAACUGUUGAACACAUGACUGAUGCACAAGUUCCUUACAUGGGAGGAGUCUGCAUUUUACAGUAACUUAUCUCAUGCCUGGGUAAUGAUGCAGUUAUAAAUUGUCCUGCCAUUGUCACAUCACGUGCGCUUUCGUUUUCUUCACAGUUAUUGCAAAGUUGUAUUUAUUUUAUACAGAUGGAUUUUAGUUUUCCUGAUGCCAUAUGUUUACUUCAGCUUAUUGGCCUGUUUUCCUUUCUUUGUGUAUCUGCAUGUUGAAAUGUAUGAUAAGAAUGAAUGUAAAGGCUGUGGCAACUAUAAUUAACUAUGUAAAGGGCUGGUCACAGGUGGAUCUGGGUUAUGAAUGCAUAUGGGAUUAUUUUAGUAACCAGAUCACCUUUUCAGAAAUUUAGAUGUGAACACCAAAAGAAGCAUUUUCUCAACAACAACAAUGACAAAAUGAAUAGCUGGUUCUAUUUUUUUUUUAAACCUAGAAAAAAUAAAGUUGAUUUUUUUCAAGUAAAGUGCUUUUACUUCUUAGUGGUGGGGAAGGGGUGUUUGUGUGUUUCUGGAACUAUUUUGGCAUUACCGUCUGUGGACCUGUACUUAGAGCACACCAUGGCAGUUGGACACUGAGGGCAAACCGAAAAACCAAAUGAAAAAGGAUUGUACUUCCUUCUUUGGUUUUAACCUAUUUCCUCCGCUCCUUCUCCAUUCUCCCCCAUGGUAUGGUGGAGAUACUGAUCUAGGGUUGGUAUCUUGGUAACUGUUCACCAGUUUGCUCUCCUGGAAGAAAAAUGAUGCAUGCAAGUGUACAUCAUUUGCUAUAAAUUUUCCUGAUAGCAAGGACAUAUAACACAAUUAGCAUAUGAUAAAAAAUAUACUUUAUUGUAAACUCCAUAUGGCCAAGUGACUCCCAGGAUGCUUUAAUUGAUUUUGCUGAGCUCUUGUAGCCAACCUAUGAUUUGAAAAAUGGAAUAACAUCCUAAUUCACCUACUUCUCAAAUUUAUUGUCACUCAAUCUGAUAUGCGCUCUACUGUUAAACUAUUUCUUACCCUUGUACAAAUUUUACUCAUUAGGUGAACCACUUUGAGCUCCAGCACCAAUUAUAAGUUUAUAUAAUUUUCAUAACAGCUGUUUAACAAGUGCUGGCAAAACACUGAAGUGUAACAGUUGGCUGUAGCGUUGGGAGCCCUCAAGAGCUGUCUCCAGGAUACCACUGGCCUGUCUUUUCUGUUUUGCUGUUAGUAUUGAAUAAACCUCUCACAGUUAAGCUACUCACUGCUCUCAGGAAGUUCCUCUCACUGACCCUUGCAGGGCCUUUAAAAGGUGGAAAAGCAUUAACAUCAGUCCUAUAGAGCAUGCUUUUGACUGGAAGAAUUUGACAAACGCAAACUUUUUUCCUGAAGUACAUGGGAAGCUUCCAUUUUUCUAAAGCUGGUUCUAUGCUUUCAGGUCUCAAAGCUGAGUAGACUGAUAGAAGUCUCUCUUAGAUUUUGUUUUGAGCCUUUAAAACCUUUCUUUGAUGAGGGGCACCUGAGUGGCACAGUCCCUUAAAACCUUUCUUUGUUCAGGUAUUGUUUGUAGAAUAUGUUUGAUCCCACUGAAAAAAAUUUAAAUGUAUUAAAAAUAUAUAAUCUACCAAAUAAGUUAAAAUGUUACAGUUCAGUCUACCUCUUCUUCUAUUUGGAUUCAGGCUGCUGUUUUGAGUUGAGGUUGCAUUUUUCCCCCUAGAAGUUGCUGCUGUCGAAGACGAAGAGCAAAUUAGGGGCAGAAGACUGAAAGGAGAUUUGAAGCACUCAGAGAUUGCUGACCAGCCCUAUUUCUCAUGAGUUGGGGGGUGGGGGGGAGCAAGCCGUUGUUUUAAAUUUCCACUUAAUAUGAAAAUGUUUGUUUUAAAAGGUUUCUUCCUGCUGGAAAAAAAUGUAUUUUUAAAAGAAAAAAAAUCCUCUUUUGGCUAUAAGAAAAAGUCAGCUGUAUGAGCAGGUGUGACCAUAUCAUAACAUGCUGAUAUAUAAAUCAAUAAAUUUUUACCUCUCA